GGAAUCAACAAAAGAGCAAAGAGUUUAAAGCAAAAAAAUUGAUAACAGAACACUAUCAAAACAGAGCAAAAGGAAGUCAAGCAAUGUCUAUAAUUCCGAGCAUUUUUGGAGGUCGAAGAACAAACGUGUUCGACCCAUUCUCACUAGACGUAUGGGAUCCGUUUGAAGGGUUCUUGUCGCAGGCAAACGCAGAGGCUAAUAAGGACGUGGCAGCGUUCACAAACGCUAAAGUGGAUUGGAGGGAGACACCUGAGGCGCACGUGUUCAAGGCGGACUUGCCGGGGCUUAAGAAGGAAGAGGUGAAAGUGGAGGUUGAAGAUGGGAACAUACUUCAGAUAAGCGGAGAGAGGAGCAGUGAGAAUGAAGAGAAGAGUGACAAGUGGCACCGUGUGGAGAGGUCGAGUGGGAAGUUCAUGAGGAGGUUUAGGCUGCCAGAGAAUGCCAAGGUGGAGGAAGUGAAGGCCAGUAUGGAGAAUGGCGUCUUGUCGGUCACGGUGCCGAAAGUGCCGGAGAAGAAGCCUGAGGUCAAGUCCAUUGAUAUCUCUGGUUAAAGCGCGUAACCUUAUAGUUUAAGAAAUGAAGACAAUAAUGUGUGAUUGUGUAAAAUAAAUGGUGUGAUUUUCCUUUUUCCUUUUAAUAAAAGAGUGUUUUGAAAUA